AUGCCAAAUCCAGAGUAUUUAAAUAAGCUCAGUCUUUUCCACGACCCCGAAGAACACGUUCUGAUCUGUUUUCAGGAUAAAUGCGGAUAUGCACUCUCUAUCGGGGCUUCGCAUGUAACGACGCACUUUCGAGACAAACAUAACGUCCCUCCCGAAACAAGAAAAGGGUUAAGUCGAUUUCUCAAGUUACUUCCACCGCCUGGUCUUCGAGACCCCGAACAGGCAGCUCCCCAUGCAGACGGAUCUUCCAAGCACAGUCUACUGCACGUCUACAAGGGAUUUGCCUAUUCCCACUGUCAGUUUCGAACAAUUAGCCUUCAAUCGAUGAGGCCGCACUUCUACUGUCUCUCAAACGACCGCUGCCCUAACUUAGGCGUUCUUCAUCGCCGCUGCGACAUCGAUAAACAAUUUGAGUAUGUUUUUCUGCAGACGUGGACAACUGGACCUAGUCGGAGAUAUUGGAUCAUCAAGCGUAAUGGGACCAUAGUCCGACCGGUUAAGAGCCGAGAAAUCCAAGACCACCUGCAAUCCGUACGUAAGCAGGAGCAGAGACUCGGCCAAGAUAAAAAGCUACCAGCCUUACAGACUGGGGUACAUCUCACGGAAUUAAUAUUUGCCGAGCAGCGGCCUUAG